AACCAACCCAACCACCAACCCGCAGGACCUCAAUCAACCGGCAAGACCUCAAUCAACCGGCAAGACCUCAAUCAACCGGCAAGACCUCAAUCAAACGGCAAGACCUCAGAAAAAAUGCUCCCCAAAAACUUCACGAGCACCCUUCUCCCCCCACCAUCCCGAGGUUUAUCCCCAACCCACGAGACCCAAAAAUACACCCUCCCAACCCCAACAACACCAAACCCACCAACCAACCCGGCAAUCCUAACCGACGCGCUCCACAUCCGCCAAAAAGUCUUCAUCGACGAGCAACACUGUUCCGCGGAGGAGGAGGUGGACGCCGACGAAGGGCGGAGUUGGCAUUGGGUUGUGUAUUAUUCGCCUGCUGGUUGCGCGUGUUCUUUGACGGAGGGAGGGGUGGAUGGUGGUGUGAGCACCAACGGGACAACUACCAGAGUUCCCGUUGCGACGGUUAGGCUUGUUCCGCCGCCGAAUGUGCAUCAUAAUUUCUUACCACAUGGGGAGGGGGAGGGUGGGGACGGGGGGCAUGGAGGGGAGGACGAAGGGCAAGAGCCGUAUAUCAAGUUGACGCGCGUGGCGGUCUUGCCUGAGUUUCGCGGAUAUGGGCUUGGGAGGGCGGUUGUUGAGAUGGCGCUGGAGUGGGCGGCGAGGAAUGCGGCUGAGAUUGAUGCUGUUGCUGCGGAUUUUCAAUCCCGGGGAGGGGAGGGUGGGACCCGGGGACAGGAGAAGCCGACCAGGUGGCAAGGGUUGGUGCUGGUGCAUGCGCAGACGCAGGUUGAGAAGAUGUACAUGCGGUGUGGGUUUGUGACCGACGAGACAAUGGGAAGGUGGCAUGAGAAUGAGAUUGAGCAUUUGGGGAUGUGGAGGCGGUUGGAGACCGAGUAG